AUGUUGUCACGCAUCACUUAUGUCGAGAUAACAUAUAAUAUUCAAUUGAUCACUGAUAAGUACAAGAUAUUCUCUGAUACAUUGUUUGGUGGUGUCAAGGACUCGUUGACAAAGUUGACCGUGCAACCCACUGGCUUGGGCAGUCCUCCAGACUUUAUCAGACUGCUUGAACAGCUGACCCAACACAACUUCCCUCAUCUCUGCUCUUUGACCAUACUCUUCUCGAACGACAUUGCACAGAAUGACCUCGUCCUGUCACUUGUGGAGAAGGUGGCACCGACGCUCACCAAAUUCACACUGGCCUCGGUGAACAACUCUCGCACCGCAUCUUUCGACAUAGCAAUAUGGCUCAAAGACAUCGUGACCAAGUUCUUUAAUCGAAUGUUUAACUUGUUGUCCGCGCCAAACAAUCGCUUGCAAUCAAUCAACAUCAGGAAGCUGUAUGUUGGUGAUCUGGCAUCAUUCCUGCGUGGGCUCUUCAAACUUGGACACAUCAAGAAGCUCAAGCUGCCCUCAUUGUUAAACUACUCACAAGAGGAGAUUGAUUGUUUCAACUCUGGUCUCAUUGACUUUGUCAAGUCGCACCAACUCACCAUCGUCAGCACGCCCUUUGGUGUGGGGGCCGACCUCCUCGCUGCGAUACUCUCCAAGCCAACAUUAUACUAUCUUCGUAUAAUGCCACUUGCCAUGACCAAGCUACCAGACACACUCACCAAACUGUCGAUUCGUGAAGAGGUCUCUCCAUCAGUGUUUACAACAUUCAUCACUACGAACUCAACACACAACCUUGUGCGACUAUACUUGUUUGAUCACAAGAACUAUCUCAAUGCCGACAACUUUGAGCCAUUCAUCAACUUCCUGCGAACGAGCAAGACACUGUCAACUCUAUUCCUUGGCGAUUACCUUUAUAUUACAGACGAGCAGAAGGAGACAUUGAUACCAGUUGUGAUCAACGACACUAGUAUCAACUCGAUACUGAUUGGAAUGACUGAACCAGAGGAUAUUGACAUUGAUCUCAAUGAUGAAGAGGCUAUAGAGGCGCGCACGACCAAGGAGUUUGAUGACCUCCAGUUCCUAUUCAAUCAACUAUCACUCAAUCCCGUGUCCAGUCUGGACAACGUGCACUUUGAGAUCACAGACGAGGAACUAUUCCUCAAGAUGAUGGUGGAUCGAUCACUAAACACUGGCUCAUUCAUCGGACAUUACGACUCUUAUGAAUGGUCAAUGAAGUUCCACAGGGUCGUCCAAUCAUGA